CACUCUGGUAAGGGCCAAUAUUAUUUUGGUUGUGUAGAAACUGCAGCCCUGUACGCACCUACCUGUAGGUUUCCUGGGAUAUCAAGCUUUAAGUGUGGAGUUGCACCAUCUUUUCCUUUAAAGUUUGGAGUUUGAGACUUUUUGUUCAGGACUAACCACACAGACAAACAGAUCAAAAAACUCAGAAACCCUGGGCUCAUACCAGGAGCGGCCUGCAGCAUGUCUGGAUCUAUACCAUUCUACCAGAAGCACCAUCGCCACUAUGACCAUGGCUACAGAAGCAGGGAGACAGAGUCUAAACUAAGCCAGUACCAGACCAGCAGCAGAUAUACUGCUGGCAGCAGCACCUCAGCCAUCAGCACGAGUAGGGGACUUAAAGUGUCUUCACAUUCUGGGCUGGAAGCGAGCAGACUGAGCCCUGUACCCAAGAGAGCCAAGCCAACUUACUUGGCUGUGGAUAAAGAGAACCAAAUCAUCGGCUAUGUAGUGCCUAUCUUCAGGGGCAGUCAAGAGUUUGUUACAGGAUUUUCGAAUACAGAGGAAGCAAGGGUGAGGGACACUGCUGCGUACAUGGCCCGCAGGGAUUUGUUCACCAGUGGCUUGGAGAUGGAGAGGUCAGAGCAGAUCUCCAGGAGGGAGACCAUGCGCGAGUCGGCGGAACGCAUCUCUCUGAACAAAAGGAUCCAUGAACACGGGGAACACUUUAAGCGCAUGAACGAAGACAGCCUGAUGCACGCCCCAGAGUUUGUGAUUAAACCACGGUCCCACACUGUGUGGGAGAAGCAGUGUGUGCGACUGCAUUGCACUGUCAGUGGCUGGCCCGACCCACGGGUCGUCUGGUACAAAAAUAAUGUGGCAAUUGACCCGAUUGGCAAUGCUGGGAAGUAUAAACUUGAGAGCAGAUACAGCGUGCACUCACUGGAGAUUAACAGAUGUGAUUUUGAUGACACGGCGCAGUAUCGCGUCUCUGCCAUGAACUCCAAGGGAGAGCUGUCUGCAUAUGCCUCUGUCGUUGUUAAAAGGUUCAAAGGGGAAAUUGAUGAGUCCCUGCCAUCCCCCAGACAUGGCCCAGUGUCUGAGUAUGGCAUCAACUUCCAGACUCACAUUGUUGAUAAAUUUGGUGUGUCGUUUGGAAGAGAGGGUGAGACCAUGAGUCUGGGAUGUACGGUCAUCAUUUACCCUACCCUGCACCUCUACCAGCCAGAGGUCCAGUGGUACAGAGACGAUGUUCUGCUGUCUCCUUCUAAAUGGAACCACAUGCACUGGAGUGGAGAUCGAGCCACGCUGACACUCACACACCUCAACAAAGAGGACGAGGGGCUCUACACCUUGCGUGUCACCACCAAGUCUGGAUAUGAAACCUACUCCGCCUACGUUUUUGUCAAAGAUGCUGAUGCUGAGGUUGAAAGAGCUCCCGGUGCCCCUCUGGAUGUGCGCUGUCUGGAUGCCAACAAGGAUUACAUUAUUGUCACCUGGAAGCAGCCAGCGGUUGAUGGUGGCGACUCCAUCCUGGGCUACUUUGUGGACAGAUGUGAGGUUGGAACCACCCACUGGAUCCAGUGCAAUGACACUCCGGUUAAGUUUGCCCGUUUCCCCGUCACUGGCCUGGUGGAGGGCCGUUCCUAUUUGUUCCGUGUGCGCGCCAUCAACAAGAGCGGCAUGAGCCGCCCGUCCCGAGUCUCUGAGCCAGUGGCUGCCAUGGACCCAUCAGACCGCGCCCGCAUGAGAGGUACAUCUGCUCCUUGGACUGGCCAAAUCAUUGUCACAGAGGAGGAGCCUGCAGAGGGCGUUGUUCCUGGCAGACCUCUUGAGCUGCAGGUGACAGAGGCAACCAAGAACUAUGUGGUGCUGAGCUGGAACCCACCUGGAGAGAAAGGCCUCGAGGGUGUCAUGUACUAUGUGGAAAAGUGUGUUUCGGGCACAGACAGCUGGCAGAGGGUGAACACAGAGAUCCCAGUCAAGUCUCCUCGCUUUGCGCUGUUUGAUCUCGCCGAGGGGAAAUCCUACAGCUUCCGGGUCCGAUGCUGCAACUCUGCCGGUGUCGGCGAGCCAUCUGACCCAACGGAGGCCAUCACUGUUGGCGACAAGCUUGAUAUCCCAUCUGCCCCAAGCAAAGUUGUUCCUACCAGAAACACAGACACAUCAGUGGUUGUGUCUUGGGUAGCAUCCAGUGAGGCCAAAGAGUUGGUGGGCUACUACAUUGAGGGGAGCAUUGAGGGCAGCAAUGUGUGGGAGCCAUGCAACAACAAGCCUGUAAAGGCUACCAGGUUCAUCUGCCAUGGUCUGAUGACGGGAGAGAAGUACGUGUUCAGGGUGAGGGCAGUAAACGCAGCAGGGCUCAGCCAGUUCUCCCCGGAGUCUGAGGCUGUGGAGGUGAAGGCUGCUAUAGCAUCCCCUGCUCCACCCUAUGGCAUCACUGUCCUGGAGUGUGUGUGUGACUCCAUGGUGCUGGCCUGGAAACAGCCAAGCUUCAUUGGCGGUGCUGACAUCACUGGCUACUUUGUGGAUUACCGUGAGGUCACUGAUGGCGUGCCGGGGAAGUGGCACGAGGCUAACAUCAAGGCUAUCAGUGAUAGGGCCUACAGGGUGUCUGACCUAAAGGAGAACAGGAAGUACCAGUUCCAGGUGCGCGCAGCCAACAUGGCAGGUGUGGGCAUCCCUUCACUGCCCAGUAACACCUUCCUGUGCGAGGAGUGGACCAUCGCCGUGCCAGGACCUCCUCAUGACCUGCAGGUAAGAGAGGUGCGAAACGACUCUCUGGUGUUGCUAUGGAAACCACCUGUGUACCAGGGCCGCGAUCCGGUCAACGGAUUCUAUGUCGACAUCAAGGAAGCGGACGCACCAGAGGAGGUGUGGAGAGGAGUCAACAACAAGGCUACGGAGAAGACGUACAUCAAGAUUAAGAAUCUGAAGGAAGGAGAGAGGUUUGUGUUCCGUGUGCGCGCUCAGAAUAAAGCCGGUGUUGGAGAAUGCUCAGACGUGACAGAGCCGGUCCCAGCUCUCACCAAACCAGGCACCAAGGAGAUAGUAGUCGAUGUUAAUGAUGACGGCAUCGUCUCCCUAAACUAUGAAUUCUGUGACUUGACCCCCGACUCUAAAUUUGUGUGGUCCAAGAAUUACGAGGAAAUCACAGACCAAUCCCGCCUGACAAUAGAGACCAAGGGAAACAAAUCCAAAGCCAUUUUCAACACUCUUGGGGAGGAGGACAUUGGCAUUUACUCAUGUCUUGUCACCCACACUGAUGGUGCUUCAUCCAGCUACACUCUCUCUGAGGAAGAGUUGAAAAGGCUGCUGGAGGUCAGUCAUGACCACAAAUUCCCCAUUAUUCCCCUGAAGUCAGAGUUGGCUGUGGAGCUGCUGGAGAAGGGUAAGGUUCGCUUUUGGCUGCAGGCGGACAAGAUUUCAGCUAACGGCAAAGUUGAUUAUAUCUUCAACGAAAAGGCUGUCUCCCAGGGGGAGAAAUACAAGAUGAACUUUGACAAGAACACCGGCGUGAUUGAGAUGAUCAUGGAGAGUCUGACUCCAGCAGAUGAGGGCACCUUCACCUUCCAGUUGCAGGAUGGGAAAGCUACCAACCAGUCCAGCUUGGUACUGAUAGGAGACGUGUUCAAGGAGCUGCAGAAGGAAUCAGAGUUUCAGAAGAAAGAAUGGGUCAGAAAGCAAGGUCCUCACUUUAUUGAGUAUUUGGGUUACGAGGUGACACCAGAGUGCUGCGUUAUACUGAAAUGCAAGGUCGGCAACAUGAAGAAGGAGACCUCUGCGCAUUGGUACAAAGACGGACGCGAGAUCAAAUCAGACGAGCAUCUCGGCUUCACUGAGGGAGUGCUGAAACUGGAAAUUGCUCAGCGCGACUCCCCUGCAGACACAGCAGACUAUGCCGACGGCCUAAUCUGGAGAAGACUAAAAAUUUCCAAGAAGGAUGCUGGUGUGUAUGAGGUCGUUCUGAAGGAUGACAGAGGAAAGGACACUUCUACGUUGAAUUUGACGGAUCAAGGUUUCAAGGACUUGAUGAAUGAAGUUUUCAGUUUCAUCGCCAAUUCGUCCACUCCUCUGAAGAUCACAAGCACAGAUCAGGGCAUCCGCCUCUACACCUUUGUCAGCUACUACAACGAUUUACUCCAAGUGACAUGGCACUACAAGGAUUCAGCCAUUGCCUUUUCUGACCGUAUAAAGAGUGGUGUGGUGGGAGAGCAGCUGUGGCUGCAGAUCACAGAUCCCACAGAGAAAGACAUGGGCAAAUAUGCCAUUGAGUUCAACGAUGGAAAAGGUGGCCUGAGAAGGACCGUUGAGCUGUCUGGUCAAGCAUUUGACGAUGCUUUUGCAGAAUUCCAGAGACUCAAAGCUGCUGCUAUUGCAGAGAGAAGUCGUGCUCGAGUAGCAGGAGGCCUGCCUGAUGUGGUCACUAUACAGGAGGGCAAGGCUCUCAAUCUCACUUGCAACAUUUCGGGCGACCCUGUGCCAGAGGUCACAUGGCUGAAGAAUGACAGGGAGAUCACGUCCGACGACCACUGCAUCCUCAAGUUUGCGUCAGGCAAGUUUGCCAGCUUCAUCAUCACCGGCGUGACCACGUCGGACUCGGGCAAGUACAGCAUCCUGGUGAAGAACAAGUACGGCACAGAGAGCGGGGACUUCACCGUAAGUGUCUUCAUCCCUGAAGAGGCGGGCGGCAAGAAAAAAUAAAAGCGGUCCAAAUCUUGUCGUAAAUAUGUAUAAAUGAAAAACACUGGAAACAGUUCAAGGAAAGAAACAGGCUUGAGGAUGUGUUAGAUGUUUUUGUGUAGACUAUAAACAUAACUGUAGGGGUGCUGAAUCUGAAAUGAAAUUUCGACUGGAGAGAAAUCCAGUGUGGUGAAAUGUUGUGACUUAAAAUCAUAAUAACAUAUAUUAUGGUCCAAUAAUAACAAAACUCACAUGUCACAUUUCUCACAAAAAUGUUACUGGUGCAAUUUUUUUUGUUUUUGCUAUAGUGUAAAGUUGUGACAUGUUGUGUUGAUAGGAUGCAACACUCAAUCAUAGGAAAAGAAAUCAUGAAGUUAAAAUGUGAAAUGUCUAUUAGAAAGCCAAAUGUUUUUACAUGUUUUAUCCCAUUUGCUAAUCCUGCAUACUUUACUGCCAAGCAACAGUUUCAACAGCUUUUCUUUCAGGAUGCAAUUUAUUUUAGUUUAUUAUUUGAUUAUUGAAAUCUGGAAAGCAUUUUGCAAGGACUUGAAACAUGCUUGAGAUACUUAAAUUCAGGAAUAACCGUGAUGAGUCAUCUUCCGUUUUGUGCUAUAAUUGUUGCAUGUAGGAAGUCAUGGUGCAUUCAUGUGCUGGUGGUAAUCUAGAGCAUCAGAGUUUUUUAAUUCUGCUGUCAAGCUUUCUGCUUUCAAUAAUGGCGGCAGAGUCAUUUUUGAAACUGUGUGUCCUGUAUUUCAGACACAGGUAGACAAAAGCAGGCUUCUCCUAUUUUAGAUUGUACCGGCUGUGGCUAGUUAGCUAACUUAGUUAAUGUUAGCUCUGUGAGUUGGUUGCUCAAUGAGUUGGAAACGCCAUCUCCGAUUGACAAAAAAGUUUGCACCCUGUUUGUAUUGUCAAACUGUAUGUUUUCACUUUGAAAGUAACAAGAGAAACGGCUUUUAGGAGGAUGAUGUAACUUAAAAGUAACGCUAUCUUCCCCAAAACUUACUAAAGAGCAGGACAGAGCCACUGACGGUACCCAAAACUUUGAUAGGCUAUAGCAUCUAGGACUUGUGUAGAAAUACUACAUACAAGCUAGGCGUAAAUUUUUCUUUUUAACAUAACCUGGACCCCAAAAACUAUGAGAGCCUAUGCUCCUCCCUAGCCUUGGAAGUAAUGCUGGGUAAAAGUAUAAGUAAACUAAAUUGGUUGCAAAUGGGCUAAAACAUGCAUUGUGUCAUUUCAUCAGAUUUUAAAUUUAGACCUGUUUAAUAUUAUUCAUAAUCAUUUGAAUGUUGUGAUCAUGACAUCACUUCCAUUGUUUCCCAGACUGUAGUGAAUACUGUAUGUUUGCCCACUGCCCAUUGUUAUGAGAUCCCCUUCACAGCCCUUGAUUAAUGAUUAUGAUACCUCCUUCAUUAUGAUGAUAACGAUGGCACUGUAAUGAAGACUGUUAGAUCACUGUUCAUUAACAGUGGAUAUCGCAUCACUUCCUAUUCCUGUUUCUUGAUGACACUAAUAAAAACGAGCAUGUACUUCCCCA